UGUCUUAACUCAUUCAUCCUCUUCCAGACUGUAGAGAGAGAAAGCAAGUCGGCCACAAGUCAUCAUCCGUUUGCCUUUGCUUUUCAGAUCCAUUUUCAUUUCCUUUUCGUUGAUUAAAAAUGGCCGACGGUGAGGAUAUUCAGCCCCUUGUUUGUGACAAUGGAACUGGAAUGGUUAAGGCAGGAUUUGCUGGUGAUGAUGCUCCUCGAGCAGUGUUUCCCAGUAUUGUGGGUCGUCCCAGGCACACAGGUGUUAUGGUCGGAAUGGGACAGAAGGAUGCGUAUGUGGGUGAUGAAGCUCAAUCUAAGAGAGGUAUCUUGACCUUGAAAUAUCCCAUUGAGCAUGGUAUAGUCAGCAAUUGGGAUGAUAUGGAGAAGAUAUGGCAUCAUACUUUUUACAAUGAGCUUCGAGUUGCUCCUGAGGAACACCCUGUUCUCCUGACUGAGGCACCCCUUAAUCCCAAGGCCAACAGAGAGAAGAUGACCCAGAUUAUGUUUGAGACAUUUAAUGUUCCUGCUAUGUAUGUUGCUAUCCAGGCUGUGCUUUCUCUGUAUGCUAGCGGUCGUACCACUGGUAUUGUGUUGGACUCUGGUGAUGGUGUUAGUCACACUGUCCCUAUCUAUGAAGGUUAUGCUUUACCACAUGCCAUUCUUCGUUUGGACCUUGCUGGUCGUGACCUUACUGAUAGCUUGAUGAAGAUCCUCACCGAGAGAGGUUACAUGUUCACCACUACUGCUGAACGGGAAAUUGUACGUGACAUGAAGGAAAAGCUUGCUUAUGUGGCUCUUGACUACGAGCAGGAACUUGAAACCGCUAGGAGCAGUUCCUCCAUUGAAAAGAACUAUGAGUUGCCAGAUGGACAGGUUAUUACCAUUGGUGCUGAGAGGUUCCGUUGCCCAGAGGUACUCUUCCAACCAUCAAUGAUUGGAAUGGAAGCUGCGGGUAUCCAUGAGACUACAUACAACUCCAUCAUGAAAUGUGAUGUAGAUAUUAGGAAGGACCUCUAUGGUAACAUUGUUCUCAGUGGUGGCUCCACCAUGUUCCCUGGUAUUGCUGAUCGGAUGAGCAAGGAAAUCACUGCUUUGGCUCCAAGCAGCAUGAAAAUUAAGGUUGUUGCACCACCUGAGAGGAAGUACAGUGUCUGGAUUGGAGGAUCCAUUCUUGCAUCCCUCAGCACAUUCCAGCAGAUGUGGAUCUCAAAGGGCGAGUAUGAUGAGUCUGGUCCUUCCAUUGUCCACAGAAAGUGCUUCUAAGGUGCUGCUAUAAUUACUUAAAAGUGCGAGUGUCCUGUCUGUUUCCCGGUUUUGCUAUUAUGUUGCCAGUCAAUUUGUUUUUUUGAUGGGAUGGAGAAGUUUGGUGGUGGGGGCUAUGAAUGCACGGUAGCAAACAACAGAUUGCCAGUAUUAUCUCAUGUUUCCAUUUAAUGUGGUUAAUAUUCUCUACAUACUUGAGAGGUGCCUGAUGCAUUGCCCUCUUCUGUCUGGCUACACCAUCCCUUGGUCGAAGCGUCUCUUUUUUAGGUUGUUUGUAGUUGAAGGAGAGUGAUUGUGAUGUUUUCUCCUCGUCUUUUCUCUCAUUUUCUCCUUUUAUCUGAUUUUGCACUUUUGUGGUUCUUUUUUUUCUUGGACCCAAUAAUGUCAAUAUUUAUUGAAUGAGAAAAUUCCUAUAUCAUAUCAGUUUGAGGAAAUCAUUACUAUUUGUGUGGAUA